GAAUAGAGAACCCUAACAAUUUGGAAAAAUUAAAUUAAUGCAAAUUUACCCAAGAUUAGUGCUCAGUGGUAAACCAAUCAAAGGGAAGAAUACCUGAUUUUACACGAAAAAUCACUUCAUACGCUGGGAAUUGGCCUGUGAUUGGUAGAAAUCGGCUACCAUUGAUAUGCCUAAACCACUCAACCAUAAUAAUCGAAGAAAUGGAAUCAUAGAAUUUAUGGGAAUCAGCCAGGGAAGUGUUAGGUGGGAAUCGACCGGAGAGGCUACAGAUAUGUGGGUGCGGACUGCUAACUGCAUCAGGGAAUCAGCCAGGGAAGUGUUAGGUGUGAGCUCUGGCUCUGGGAGUAGGCGUCAGGGUGAUUGGUGGUGGAGCGAUUCCGUCCGAAGUAAGGUGGAAGCUAAGAAGGUGGCGUAUUUGAGGUACAUGGGCUGCAAUGUUGAGGAGGAAAGAGCGGCAUUGCGAGUGGAGUACAAGAAAGCGCGUAAAGAAGCUAAGUUAGAGGUAACGAGGGCAAAGAAUGCCGCUUUUGAACGCCUUUACAAGGAUAUUGAGGAGAAAUGCAGUGUUAAUCCACUGUGCCGGCUUGCUAAGGUGCGCGAGAGGAAGGCCCGAGAUCUAGACCACGUGAGAUGCGUGAAGGACAGCGAUGGAACCUUUGAAGAACUAGGAUUAGAGUAGCUGGAUAGAAGCUCGGUGUUGUAGAGGUUGUUUUGUAGUGUGUUGUAUUUGUUGGGAAUCUUUUGCUAUUGUUUGUACUUGUUGCUUGUACUUGGUGCCUUAUCUGUGCUAUACUGUGUUCUCUUCCAUAUUUUUGUGCAGGUGGAGCCGGGGGUCUCUUGGAAACAGCCUCCCUACUUCCGAGUAGGGGCAAGGUCUGCGUACACACACCCUCCCCAGACCCUACUGUUGUGGGAUUCAACUG